CUAAUUUUCUAAAGAAUAAGGUAUAUAUUUUUUUCAUAAUAAUUAAUUCCGGCUUCCGGUAAAUUCACCAAACGAUAAUAAAGUUCAUUCUUGGCAGAUAUUUAAAUGACGAGAGCCUUUAUCAUAACUUCGUGAUCAGGCAAAUUACCACUAAACAAUGACAGCAAAGAAGCCCACAAAGCUUCACAUUGGAGAGUCAGAGCUUCUGUGCAAGAAUGGUUGUGGUUUCUAUGGUAACCAGCUGUGGCAGGGUUACUGUUCCAUCUGUUACCGGGAGGAGUGCCAGAAACAGAAGAAAGCCCAGCAAGAGCAGGACAGCAAGAGACAUAAGGGCCCUUCAGAAGACACUGAAAAGGCUAAACUUUUCUCCAAAUUUGCUGAAAAGAAGACACAACAAAUCAACAAAAGAGCCAGUACACUGAAGUCUGUAUUCAGGAAAACACCAACCAAAGAGUCUGUACCAGAAGCAAGGCCAAAGAAGGAUCGUCAUGUCAACAAGGAGACACAGCAGGUGAAGAAUGAGCUCAUGGACUUCCUCAAGAGACUCAAGCGUCCGGCCGCCCAGGAUUUUGUCAAGAUUGUGCAGGAGCUUGUGGACAGGCUCUAUCAGAAUGUGGACGCCCCUAUAGACGACCUCACUGACAUGGUUCAGGAAUUCUACAUACGACUGGGGCAAAAGAUGGACUCUCAUACACUUUAUAAGGAUGUGACCGCAGAGGAUAUUGAGACGCUCCUGGACUAUGCGGAGAAGUAUGUGACAGUUAAGAUGUACAUGCCUUUGUUCUGCCCACCAACAUGUGACGACGAACAGAAGGACCUGCUCAUGCAAAAGCAGAUCCGCAGUCUCCACUGGGUCACUGCUAACCUGCUCGACACCAUAAUAGAUGAACACAACACUGAGGUCCGCACCCUUGUUGACCAGGCUAUCACAGAAAUCAUAGAGGUUAACUCCCAGAAGGCACCACAGGACAAGCUAUCAUGUAUAGUGCGAUGCAGCAAGCACAUAUUCGAGAUCAUCAGACAAUCAAAGGAAGGUCCAGCUUGCGCGGACGACUUCCUGCCAGCCUUGAUCUACACCGUGCUAAAGGCCAAUCCUCCCCUCCUCCAGUCCAACAUCCAGUUCAUCACACGGUUUUCCUGUCCCAGCAGGCUCAUGAAGGGCGAGGCAGGAUACAUCUUUACUAAUCUGUGUUGCGCUGUGCAGUUUAUAGAGAACCUCACCCAUGAAAGCCUGGCCCUGACCCAGCAUGAGUAUGACCGCUACAUGUCGGGGGAGGCGGUCCCACCACAGUCCGGAAACGAGCACAUGUGCGAGGGUCUUCGCUUAAUGUACGACAACCUGAAGACUCUAGCUGAGCUACGCCAGCGCCAGGAAAAGGUGAUGGCCGAGGCCCUGCAGCUCCAGCAGGACAUGAAGGAGUUCAAGGAGAACUUCAAACAGGAGGUGCAGAAUGUGCUGGAUAGAACUCCACUCACCAUCAAACCCCGCAAGAUGAAGGUGGACCUGGACGCAGACUCAGAAAGUCUUGACUUUCUUCCCUCUCCUUUAAUUCCCCUUUCAGUUGACAAUGUGGCUAUGGAGAACAGGAAUGAAGUUGAAGCAGACUGUACAAUAGAAACAGUUAAUGACGUUCAAAUACCUGCAACUUGAGCCUCAUCUUGCCUGUAUAUAGAGUACCAUUAUGUGUAUUAGGAGAUGAGUUUGACAAGUAUUAGAUACAUUUAUUUGAUUCUUGAUAUAAUGUGCUAUUGAAAAUGAUGUUGGAAGAUGUUCUCUUUAUCAAUAUAGCUGUUUAGCUAUUGUCAUUGUGUAUUGAGAUGGUUAGGUUACAUACAACCAUAAAAUAGUCAGUUUAAUAAUACUCUUGUGAACUGAAAUGCCAGAAGGGAGAUUACAUGUUGUACAUGUAUGUAAUAGUAACAAUAACAUCAUUUACUUUUUGCAUUUAAAUUUUCUGUUUGAUUUGAAGCAUUGGCUGGCAAGAAUAAGAAGAAUCAUAAUACAGUACUUUGAUUCUAUAUUUGAAAGUUGUUUGACACAUUUUGCAAAAGUAACUUUUUUUCUGAGAGUCAUUAUCCUGGUAAAAAGUUUGUUUGCUAAUAUUACAUGUAAAACUUACUGUGACUAUUGAACUGGCUUGCACCAUCAUAGAAUGUGGUUUCGAUAGAUAUAUCCAUAAAUAUUUUAUUGGUUCAAUAAAAUCAGAAAUGAAACAUUCCAUUCAAAUAAAUGGCACUCAUGUUCAAUUUCUCACACAUUUAGUGCAAUACUUCCUCAUUUGUAUUAUCAAUCAUGCACACAGACUAAAAGACAUGGCUUGUAUUUACAAUGGUUAUUGACAUUGUGUAAUGUUGUUAUUAGGUACUGGGUGAGGUCAUAUCAGAUUGCCAGUCCAUCUAUGUAUUAUGUUAACUGUAGCUAUGUAAACAAAUCUGUAUCCUUGUUGGAUCGGAAUGCCCUUACUUUCAUUGGCCAGUGUCUUGAGAAUGUUCAUGAUUGACUUGAAUGACACUGCAUCUUACAUGUCCUGAUAUCUGUUUUAUUGUCAUUUUAUACUUGUUUUAUUGUAAAUUAACUGUUUUUUUUAUGAAUAAAAUGAUACAAUCCAA